GAAGUUGACAAGAGCGAACCUCAAGCCCGUAUGCAGGCUCCUUGUCAGCCCGGCCGUGAUCGAGAUUUCUAGGUCUUGAUCGGAGUGUGAGCAAGUACAGCAUCACAAUGUCCCUGCGGCGAUCCGAGUUGGCAAUCGAAGCUCCGGCGAACGGAGAAUGUGCUUAUCGAUGAACGCCUUGUUCGGCGACUUCAAGAAAGAGUUUGUACAGAGAGUUUGUGAAUGAGCGGAUCGAGAGACGUCGUCAAUAUUCAGAUUGGAAUCAAGGUUUGCACACAAGAUUUCAUAGAGCAGGGCACCGAUGUCGGACAAGGAGGAGAAGAAAGAAAAGAAGGAGAAGAAGGAGAAGAAAGACAAGAAGGACAAGAAGGACAAAGACAAAGACAAAGACGAGGACAAGGAGAAGAAGGAUAAAAAGAAGGAUAAGAAGGACAAAAAGGACAAGAAGAAGGGCGACAAAGAUGGAGGAGAUGGCGAAGGAAAUAAGGUGGAUGCAGAAGAAGCGGUUGACAAGGAAAAUGCUAAGGAAGAACAAGCCCCAGUUCUGGAUGAAAAUGGGCAGCCAAUUGUGCCGGUGGUAGAGCCAAUUCCUCCGAAGACUUUCGUCGAGUUAUGGUUCGAUGAUCCGGUCGAAGGAGAAGCAGCACAAAAGCUCGCAAUGGAGUUGAGAGAGAGCAUAGAGCUCAAGGCACUGCCCAUUCGGAAAUUUUUGGAGGAGGCGAUCGUUCCGUUGCUUCUACAAGGUCUUCAACACAUGGUUCUCGAGAGGCCUACAAACCCUGCAGAAUAUCUUGCCGCUUUCUUGCUGAGAAAUAAUCCCCUGAAAGAUCGCGUUUUCAUCGAGCCGUCGCCAGAUUUGCCGAUUCCAGAUCCACCUCCAGCGGCAGACCCUCCAAAAUGCCAAUGCUGCGAGCUGCACUGUCCCAGCGUCCCGGACUUCCUACGAGGCCAGGCUGCCACCCACCCCGUGACAACGUGAGAGUACGAUUCGACUGCACUUCUUCAACCCACCCAAAGGACUCCCGCCACGCAACAGAAAACCGACCAAACCCAUACUCCCUGUUGUAAACAAGUAGACAAGAUUCAGUCACCAGUCAACAGACAGAACCCAACAGAGACCAUACUUGAACACCCUAAUCUUGUGGACUCUCGAAAUCCACUACCCGCCGCGCCUCUUUCCAUCAAUCACGUACCAACUCUGCUCUCCGCCCUCUCUAUCUUGCUCUCUCCUCUAGGCCCAACAUGUACAACUGCGAGAACGCCACUCAAUUUCGUGCGACUGAGAAAUCUACGACAUUUUU